AUGAAAAGCGUUCAAAAUAUUUGUAAUUUUCCUCUCUAAAAAUUAUCUCUCAUGAAAAAAAAAUUGUGGUAAAAUAGUUAAAGAUUUGGUAAUAGUUUCAUAGUUUAUUUCACUAUUUGCAAUGAAGUAUUUGCCAUCCGAUGUGGCUCUGCAGAAUAUGCAUAUAUAUUCAAAAUAAAAACUAAUAUACAGAGCUGGUACAUUUUAUAUAAUAGAGGCAUACUACUUACUAUCAAAAAAUAAAAUUGUGGUGAUAAUUUGGCUGAUCUAAAGAAAAUCAAAACUUCCUCUCUGCUCAAGCUUAGCGUUUAUUAUAAUGAGAGGAAAAAUUAGAUUUAGAAUAGACAAAUUUUUCUUGCUUUUUUAAGUAAGAAAGAGAGAAAGCAAGCAUGCAAGCAAGUAUGCUUACAAGCAAAAGUGCCUAUUCUAUUUAACAAUUUAGUUAUUACGAGAAUAAAUAAUCAGUAUAUAAUUCCAUCACAUAUAGAAUGA